UCAUAUAUAUUGUGAAAUGUUAUGUAAAUAUUAAUAAUUAAUAAAAAUUUUAUCGAUUGCUAAAUAACUGCCGCAGAAAAAAAGUUGUCCAUUGAUUUGUUUGUGUCAAACAAUAUUAGUUACCGAUAAGUGACCGAAAAAGAUGGUGAUAUCGUGGUUAACGUCGUCGAUAGCGUCGGCGGUGGGAACGCCGGUCGAGUCGGUGUACCUAAUGAUGUGUCUGUUGUUGUCCUAUCCGAUAGCCGUCAUCUAUAAUCAGCUGUUGGUCGACGCCUCCCGACAGACAAAACUCUUGUAUUACUUGAUCUCUGGUAUGACAUUAGUGUUGAUCAACAACGGCCUCAAUAUAGUCCACUCGUUGGCCGUCUGUCUCCAGUGUUACGCCACUAUCCGUUGGUGUCCCAUACGGACAGCGUUGGUCAUCAAUGUAGUCGUACCGAUGGUCUAUUUAUUGUACGGUUGUCAUAUCACUCAGAUCGGGUCCAUUUAUACGAUCGGAUGGACAUUACCUCAAUGUGUGCUAACCCUGCGGCUCAUUGCCGUCACUUUUGACGUCUAUGAUGGCCAACGAAACGCCGCAACGUUGAAAAAGUCGGACAAUAAUCAUAAACAGGAAAAUGAUGUGAUAUUACUAAAUUUGGACACAGCUAUACCAACAGUGCCGACAUUAAUUGAAUUUUUAAGUCACUGUUACUUUCCGUACACUAUUUUGGUCGGACCAUUGAUAUCAUACAACAAAUAUAUGUCUUACAUAAAAAGCCAAGAAUCUCAUAUAUCACACAGUUAUGUACCAGCAUUGGGACGAUUGGCUGCCGGUCUCGUCUAUCUGUAUGUCUAUGUGAUUGGAUGUGUUUAUUGGCCUCAGGAAUACCUACUGACCCAUGAGUUCGAAGGCUCUGAUUUUAUGUGGAAGAUAACUGCCGUAGCAAUUGUAUGCAAAAUAGGAAUGACUAAAUACUUGGCCUCUUGGCUUAUAUCGGAGGGCUCAUGUAUACUAUCGGGAAUUUCAUGGGACGGCAAGUCCUAUUAUACCUGUGCAAACAUAUACGUCUGGAAAUUCGAGACGACACCGACUUUCGAUGGUGUCAUUAAGUCAUUCAAUUUGUCGACAAACAGUUUUGCAGCCAAAUAUUUGUUUAAGAGGUUUAAGUUUUUGGGCAAUCGGAUGGCCAGUCAGUCUCUGACACUAAUAUUCCUGGCCAUAUGGCACGGACUUAGUACAGGCUAUUAUGUGACUUUUCUAAUGGAGUUUCUGAUUAUGAAAAUGGAAAUGGAUGUAUUGGCUAAAGUGGCCAAAAAACGGAACAAAUCGCCGAAAUUAGAUUCUUUACUCAAUUCAUAUUUCGUCAAAAUGUUUAUAUGGAUAGUAUUCCGCAUUUACACUAUUUAUCUGUUAGGCUAUAGUUUUAUGCCAUUCAUGCAUCUCCAGUAUCCCACAUGGUAUCACAUUUAUAGUCAGGUAUAUUGGUACGGACAUGUGAUAGUAGGCACAUGGAUUAUCAUCAGUGCAUUUGUUGUUUGAUUUAGUAUUUAAAACUUUAUGAUCAAAUGAGAAAUUAGUUAAUGGACAAAAAGAAAUUAUGAAUUAAUUUAGUUAAAUACAAAUUUUAUAAUUAAUUAAUUUAUUGUUAAGUAAUUUUUAAA